ACACCAGCCCAACCCACACGAUGCCAGAGAGCCUAAUUCGACAACAUUCUGAAAAUGAGAUUAAGCUUAACAGUUAUACCUCCGAGGUGCAUGCCUGGAAGAAGGAUGGAUGCCUGCAGGCUCCCCCGGACGCCGUGGCGGGGACAUGGGAGGGUCGGCAAGCAUUCAUCCAGGUGCCAUGGCAGACACCCCUUAAGGUAGCCAUUGAAAAACAAGAAAAAGGGAUAAGCGCACACAAUUCUAUGCAAUACACACAACCCCCCACUAAUGAUCUACUCAGACGGCAGCGGCUAUAAAGGCCAAAUCGCCGCUGCAAUGGUAUAUCCUAUGAUCAAUAAGCAA